AUUCAAAAAGUAGUAUUCAUGCUUCCGUUGACAUUUGUGCCUCUAUGCUUAACACCAAACUUGUUGAAACAAAACAGGAAUAUUAUAUCUCGUGCCAUAAAUUAUUCUGAAAGCAAAAGAAGAACAUAUGGUAUUCAAUGUGAACUGAGAAACUCCAAUUCUGGUUCCAACAACAGAAGAAAUCAAAAGGAGGACUCUGAUCGAGCAAGUUUUAGCACGCCGUCGAACAAGCAACCAAACGGUGGAGCAACUGGAGGUCUUGGAGGUGGCAGUGAUGGUAAAGGUCGUUCCUAUUCUUCUUCUGGUGAAGGAGAUAUUCCGAAAUUGGAUUUUACAGCAGCUUGUGCUCUAGCAAAGGAACUCAAUCUAAACGUUCAGGAUCUUCCCCAGCACUUGUGGUUCCUAAGUACAGAACAAGUUACAGCCUAUCUUGCAGUUACUUCUGGCGGGGUUGUUCGCUUUCUUGCAAAGGCUUGGCCAGCUUGGCAACAAAAAUUGCUAGCUGAUCCCAACUUUCCUUUCAAACUUCUUAUGGAAGAAACUUUAGGCUUGGGGUUGGGAUUUUCAGGAAUGAUUGCUGCCAGAGGAAAACAAAUUUUGAAGGAACUUGACUUUGCAAUAUGUGACUUGGUAGUAGGAGCAGCAAUGAAUUUUAUAUUAGUUUGGUUAUUGACUCCCACUAUCAAUAUUCAGCAGCAUCUGAAGAGCCAUGGUUCAUGGCAACGAUAUCUAUCCAAUCUUCCCGCUCACUGCUUUGCUUCAUCAUCUUCUAAUGUUGCUUUUUCCUUGAGUCAGAGAAUCGUCGCUUUUCUUUACAAAGGACUUCUUUUUGCUUCAUGUGGUUUUUUAGGAAGCAUGGUUGGAACAACCGUUGCAUAUUCUCUUUUGUAUAUCCGUCGAAAGAUGUUGAAAGACACUUCAAGUUCAAGGCAAUUGCCUAAUUUGUUUGUGAAUAGUUUGGCAUGGGCUGGUUUUAUGUUUGUGUCUUCCAAUCCACGCUAUCAAAUAUUGAGCGGAAUCGAACGUUUAAUGUUCCAUAUAAUGCCUAUAUCUGUUGCAAGAAUUUCAACAGGUGUGUUGAGAACCGUGAAUAACAUUGCAGGAGGUGCUUCUUGGGUACUGUAUGCUCGUGCAAUUGGUUUGCAGAAACAUGCUGAUGAACGUUAAACAAAAAAAAUGACUUCACAUCCUUAAUAAACUACCCUAUUAUACG